CCUGAUCCCUCGCCGCCGGAAAGCGGCAACAGUUUCUCCUUGUUCCGUCCGCGUGUGCUUCUUCCCGCCGCGCGCCGCGCGCCAUUUGCUCUUUCGAUCGGCGGGCGGUUGUUAAUUUUGUGGGUUGAUGGGGGUGUAGAUCAUCAGGACGAAAUUUGCCUUCUCCAACUCUGCUGCUAGAGCGCUUCAUUCGGGAGAGGGCACAACGCGGAUCGAAUGCGCACUUCCACAUUUAUUUCCUUUUCUCUUUGUUAUUACCAAAAACAUUUUUCUUCUUCUUCAUUCUUUUAUUUUUUUUGGUUCCUGGUAGUUCGAUUCAUGCCGGAAUAGAUUCCGUUGGUCACUGUCCAAUGUCCAUGUCCCCUGUUCCUAAUUCCUUUGUGAGCCUUUUCUUUUUCAUCUGACGUGUGAGUUGAGUUGUCAGUCGUGUUUACACUAAUCCAUUGCAUUUGUCCAUGUAAAGCAGAUGAUUUGCUUUUCCUGGGUGAGUUAUGAGUCACAUGCAAUUGCUUCUUAACCUGCACAACCUCUAAAUUAAGCCAAAAGGCCUAGUCAUGUUAUCCAGAUUACUUGUACUGGCCAUCUAAAAAAAGGAUUACUGUUGUUGUUUGUUCUUCAAGCGAUUGAUACUGACUUCGUGUCAUAUUAGGACAUCCAGAUCAGUUAAAUGGAUGGUUUUCUACGUCAGGCAAGAUGAAGUUCGGUGCAAUAUAUGAAGAGUAUCUUCGGGAACAGCAAGACAAAUACCUAACAAAGUGCUCACAUGUGGAGUACAAACGUCUCAAAAAGGUACUGAAGAAAUGUCGAGUUGGUCGCUCAUUGCAAGAAGACUGCCCCAAUGGUGACCAGCAGGAGGGGAACAACGAAUCUCCAGAUAUUUGCAAAUGCAAUUCAUGCACAUUGUGUGAUCAAAUGUUCUUUACAGAACUUACUAAGGAGGCUUCAGAAAUAGCUGGCUGUUUCAGCUCUAGAGUACAACGUCUCCUAAAUCUUCAUGUCCCUUCAGGAUUUCUACGCUAUAUUUGGCGUGUAAGGCAAUGUUUCAUAGAUGAUCAACAAAUCAUGGUUCAAGAAGGCAGAAUGUUACUUAAUUAUGUAACCAUGAAUGCUAUCGCUAUCCGUAAAAUUCUGAAGAAGUAUGACAAAAUACAUGGUUCUGUCAGUGGUAGAGAUUUCAAGAGCAAGAUGCAAACUGAUCAUAUUGAACUGUUGCAGUCCCCUUGGCUGAUAGAACUGGGUGCUUUCCAUCUAAACUGCAAUAGUUCAGAUAUUGAUGAAACUGUGGGGUUCCUUAAGAAUGAGUUCUUCAAGAAUUUUUCCUGUGAUUUGACCGAAGCACGACCACUAAUGACUAUGGCUAUUUCUGAAACUAUGAAGUAUGAGUACAGCCUAACUUGUCCAAUUUGCUUGGAUACUUUGUUCAACCCAUAUGCACUUAGCUGUGGCCAUCUCUUUUGCAAAGGCUGUGCUUGUGGAGCUGCUUCUGUGUACAUCUUUCAAGGUGUUAAGUCUGCACCUCCUGAGGCGAAGUGUCCUGUAUGCCGAUCGGAUGGUGUCUUUGCUCAUGCUGUGCAUAUGACUGAACUUGACUUGCUCAUCAAAACAAGGAGCAAGGAUUACUGGAGACAGAGACUGCGAGAAGAGCGGAAUGAGAUGGUUAAGCAAUCCAAAGAAUACUGGGACUCUCAGGCUAUGCUGUCAAUGGGAAUUUGACUGAGAUCUGAAGUUACAAUGAUCGCCAUUCAUUGCUUGCAUUGGUGUCAAACCAAAAAUAAUCAGGUCGACCAUAAUCUCAAGCGUGGAGAUCAUCCAAGAUGAUUUUAACUUAUUAACUGCCAGUCUCCUAAAAGUUGCAAUCAGUGAGGACUACCUUGGGAUAGCACAGGCUAACACAGCUGAGGUUAUUUUAUUUUAGCUCUUGAAGAAGCAAUUCCAUUCCAUUAUUUUUUGUCCUAAUGUUGUCGCCUGAUAUAGUUUAAUUUGGAAAUGCAACCAUAUUUAAUUAAUUUUCUUUGGACCUUCAAAUGUAGUUUGGAACAAUUUAUACGCAAUUUAUCUGUUCUUUGCUUUGUAAAAACGAGUGUAGAAAUGUCUUAUUUGAAUGUCUCUGGCUCGCUGCUGAUAUCCCAGGUGCCGUUUCUGAAAGUUUUAUGCUUCAUCUCCACAGUAAAA